GGGAGCGAGUGACUGAGAACGAGAGAGAGAGAGAGAUAGAAAGCUGUAGAAAGUCGUAGUGCGCGCUGCGCUGCUGAGCUGAGCUGGUCCGGAUGGAGCUGUCAUCGCUCGGCGAGCAAGUGUUCGCUGUGGAGUCCAUCACCAAGAAGAGGGUUCGGAAGGGAAAUGUGGAAUACCUACUGAAGUGGCAAGGAUGGCCCCCAAAAUACAGCACAUGGGAGCCAGAGGAAAACAUACUGGAUCCUCAGCUUGUUCUUGCCUUUGAAGAGAAGGAGGAGAGGGACAGAGCACAGACUCACAGGAGGAAAGGGCUGAGGCCCAGGAGACUAAUCUUACGGCCAGCCCCCGCAGAAGAACCAGAAGAGUCUGGCAUCCUUACGAGAGGCCGGUCGAGCCAACUGAUAGCCCGCCUUGCCCAUCCAGGUCUGGUUGGAUGCAACACUCUUGGGGUUCACCUCUCUAACUGCAUCGUCCCUAACCAGGGAUCAUCAGGUCACGCAUGCGCGGCACCAGGGGCUCUCACCCUCUACGAAUACGCAAACAUCUACACUAUGGAACUACGAAGUGCUCACAAACUCCCGGAGAAGCCCACCCCCCGAAUCCGCCUUUCACUCACCCGCUCUGUGGGGGCGGAGCUAGACCAGAAUGGGCGUCGCUACAGGACAAGAGAAGGCGGAGUCUAUUACCAAAGGCAAGAGAAGCGCAAGAGUAGGAACUAUUCAUCCAAACCGCCGGUCACUGCCGAAAAUCCACGGCAACGACCUUUGACCCAUAAAAAAGACAUUAUGGAGGAGGAGGAGUGGGAGGACGAGGAGGAAAAAGAGCAGGAGAAGAGAAAGAAAAAGAAGACAGAAAAAGACGAUGAGAAAACAACAGACUCACGUCAUGACAUUCCAAGUGCCCUAGAGAUGACCGGAGGUCACACCCCCUCAGCAAAACAGGAAGCUGUCAUCGUGGCCAACCAAUCAGAACACUGCGCUUUGUCAUGUGAAUGCGGGGACCAGCCAACCAAGCAUGUCCACACUGAGACCAGUUCAGUUCAGAGACUGACAGACCAAUCAGCGGUCAGCACAAUCACAGACACGCAUGAGCCAAUCAAAGACAGGUCAGGAGGCAUGGCCUCUGCACCAGCAUCACAUAAUGAGACUAAAAUUAACCAAUCAUUGAAGAGCAGCUCAGAAUCGGUUUAUUCAGCAAAAGAAGUGGGUUUGACUGAUGGGGUCCAAAAGCGAGCUUCAGUAAUCUGCUUGAUUGACAGCUGUAUGCAGGGCCAGGUGAAAGAGGCAGGUCAGGCAGACAUGUCAGUGGACAGUACGGAGAAAGAGACGGACGAGGAUGAGGUCACAGCCGAGUGUACGACUACUUUACAGCUGAGUGCCGAGGUCAGGACAGACCAGUCGCAGGGCCCUGGCAGCACAGAGCAUCCUGGGAAGGUGAUUGUGACCGAUGUGACGAUUAACUGUGUGACUGUGACGUUUAAAGAGGCCAUGACUGCAGAAGGGUUCUUCAGUGGCUACGGCCUGCAAGUCUGAGAGGCAGUGAAAAGGAGGAGACAGGCAUCAGAAUUACAGCUGUUGAGGGAACAGUUUGGCGAAAAAUCAAAUGUACACAAGUUCCCACUUACUCCCAAUGUAGUCGAUCGGCAGAGACGUUUCGAGUCCAAAUUCUGCUUCUUUAGUUUAGAACUGGAGCAGCGAGGCUAACAUUGCUAACACUAGAACCCAGUGGUCACCCAAAUCAUCAAUGUAAAAAUACAUACAUAAAAUAAAGAAUUAGGGGUAGGUGAUAAGAAGAAAUUGUCGCAUCGCUCCUCUUUGAAGGCAUAUGAUGCCCUAAAUUUAACUAAAGGCCAGCAGUGAGGUUGCUGAACUUUACCCUUCUCUGCUAUCACUGCAGGCUGGCAGGGUCGCCUACAGAGCACUGCUAGUAACCUUUUAAUGAAAUAAUAUUCUUUUUUCUUUAUUUGAGAGUUGUCCCAUUUUCCCAUUUCGUAGGGAAAGAUUUCAACCACUACUCUUUGUAACUCAGUUCCGAGGGACAAGGUGACACUCCAAAACAAGGGGUAGGGGUAAAAAUAAGAAAUGGGAUUGGGCCCAAAUCUGCACAACCUUAAUAAAGACCUGGAUGCAGUUCGAGUGGGCUGAAAGAAGUUUGGGUGAUGUAUUUUUACAGAAAUUAAUUGUGCUCUUUGGGUAACUAUUUAGUUCUAGUGUUAGCAACAUUAGCCUCGCUUCUCCAGUUCUAAACUAAAGAAGCACAAUUUGGACACCAAACAUGUCUUGGCUGAUCGACUACAUUUGCGUCAAGUGUAAAAUUGGGCAAGUCUAAUUUUCGAACUGUUCCUAUAAAGGAAUACUUCACCUCUAAUUGUAAACAUGGCUAAAAAAUCUGUGAGUGCUAAUAGGGACAAGUUAGCUUUUUCCUUUUAAUACUUACUGGCACCUGCUAACUUUACUAGCAAUGUAUUAGCAAUGCUAGCUGUUUUAGGUGAAGUUCUUUAACAUGAGAGAGGGAGAAAUUACCGCAGCAGUUGAUUGAUCUGUCAGUGUAGUGAGGUCUUUCGAUAUCCUUUACAGAUGCUCUCAUUCAUGUCUGAAGGCUUUUUUCUUGGUUUUUCUCUCUUCGUUUUAGUCAAAGAGUGAAUUAUCGGUGAAGGAUUUUUGAUAAUAUUCAGUGUUGCUGACAGUGAAGCCUUAAAUGCACGCAAACACAAACAUUUGCUCUCAACGCAUAGUCUGUGUUACUGUUAUAACAAAAUUGGAAAAAAAGGUAAAAAAAAGUUUAUGUAGCUGACAUUACUACUUUGUAGAGUCUAUAGCUCUGUGUGACCUGUCCAGGUGGGCUGGAGAAAGGCAAAGGCUUACCUGGCUCAGGUUUGUCCUACCUGUGGCUAGAGUGUGCACCCUCAUUGUGCUCCAAGGCCUUCCUGCAUUUUUAAAGAGACAGUAUCAGUUUACAUUACAAAACACUGCUGCAGAUGCUGUACUGAAGUGUAGGCCCUGUUCGCAUACGAAUCCAGUGUGCUUUCGAUGUAUUUAUAGCAUGUAUCGAGCUGAACUUAACUUAUGCGAUCGGUUAUGUGGUGGGACUUCCAAAAGGAAAAAAAAUAAAAACAACAGCCUUUGUCAACUUGUAGUUCAUCUAUGGCAAGGUGACAUUUUUAUUUGUAUUUACAAUAAAUAAAAUGACAAAUGUUGUGUCAAAGUCCAUUUGUUAGUCACUGUGAUCAUAUUAACAGUUCAAUCCUGCAAAAAAGUGCAUGGUUUUUAAAUUAUAAUAUGCUAAGAUUUUUCACAGAAAGAGAAAAAUAAUCAUUAUUUGUGAUCAUUAUUGAUGUUGAAUGGUCAAAUGAAGACUGGCUGACAACAAACUCUUUUGUACAAGGAUUGGCAUUGACCGCUUCGGUCAAGAUAAAGAUCAGUUGCACAGCACAAGUUAACCACAGCCAAAAUAAACUGUUCCUGUGUUACACCUACAGGAACAGGGCAAAAGGGCCACUUUGCUAUCAGUGCAGUUCCCUUCAUGACCUCAAGAGGUCACACACACCCAUGAACACAAGAACUAUGUAUCAGGAGCUUCAUGAAAUGGGUUUCCAUGGCGGAGCAGCUGUACACAAGCCUAAGAUCACUAUGCGCAAUGUCCAGUGGCAGCGUGCUUUACACCACUCCAGCUGACAGUGGACAUUGCGCAUAGUGAUCUCAAGCUUGAAACAGAGGCUUACUCUGAAACAGUAGAAACGUUCUCUGGAAUGAUGGAUCACACUUCACUAACUGGCAAUCUGAUGGACAAAUCUAGGUUUGAUGGAUGCCAGAACGCCACCUACCAGAACACAUAGUGCCAAUGUGAAGGUUGGUAGAGGAGGGAUAAUGGUCUGGGACUGUUUUUGAGGGUGUUGACUUGGCCUCGUAGUUCCAGUGAAAGGUAAUCAUAAUGCUACAUCUUACAAAGACAUUUCAAACAAUUACAGUGGUAGCAGUUUGUCCCAGCAUGACUGCCCCUGUGCACAAAGCAUGAUCCAUAGAGACAUAGUUUGAGUGUGGUGUGAAGGAACUCCAGUGGCCUGCACAGAGCCCUGUCCUCAACCCUAGUGAGCACCUUUGGGACGAUCUGGAAUGUCGAUUGUGAGCCAGGCCUUCUUGUCCAACAUCAUUGGCUGCCCUCACAAAGUCUUUUGACUGAUUGAGCACACAUUCCCACAGACACACUCCAAAAUCUUGUAGAAAACCUUUCCAGAAGAGUGGAGGCUGUUAUGGCUGCAAUAAGGGGGGGGGGCAACUCCAUAUGAAUGGCCAUAGCUUUGAAAUAGGACAUCCAACAAGCUUGAGAGGUGUGACGGUCACGUGUCCACAUAAUUUUGGCCAUAUAGUGUAUAUUCACAAGGUGACCCAAAAAGAUUAAUCCGAUUUCAAAGUGCCAUAUUUUUACAACCGUGAAGCGCCUAGGAACCAAUCACAUACCAACUGAAAGACGGGUCACAGAGCUUCUAACUGUCACUGGACGAUGGCUCCCCUCAGUCUGCGAGAAGAUGGUGAUAGAAAGCAUUUUGCGUUCUCCACUUUAACAAGAGUGAAUCCGUCAUUACUGUGCAAUGUGAUUUUUGUCGGCAGUGAACCUCCAACAGCUCAGAGCAUUUGUCUCCGAACGAUCUCCGAAAUCACAUUGAAAGAGCCGUGAGUACAGACAUGCUGAAUCAAGUAUGGGAUGAAUUUGACUAUGGUGUUAAUGUUGUCCGUACAUCUGGAGGAUGUCAUAUUGAGCACUUGUAAAAUUAUGUAAUAAACUUUAUGCCCACUUAAAUCAUUUACAAUUUACUGCAUUGCUCUGUAAUGAUUUACAAGUGAAAUAAAUCAUUUUGAAAUUGGGUUAAUCUUUUUGAAUCAUCCUGUAUUUUCAGAACAUACAGCUACGCCUCAAACUUGAAAUAGGUUUCAUUUCAUUAAGCUCACUAGUGUGUGGUAAUUUAAAAAUAAAAGGGUCCAGAUUUAGCAAGAUCUAUUACAUAAAAAAAGGAUCUACAAUUCAAAUAUAGUAACAUGGAUUUAAUCAUGCGGGCAACCAUUUUUCUAUGUAAAAAUGGCCAAUAUACAAUACUGUGCAAAAGUCAGAGACCAUCCUUCAUUUAAAUAUAGUCCAAAUAUCCAUUAAGUACCAGUCAUUCAUUUUUCAGGUGAUACAUCUGAGGAGAUUAGAUAUCAUCUGCUUGCAUGUGGAAGAUUUAAGUCAAAGGGAAAAACUCAAGUUCAAAAAACUACAAGAGAAAAAUGGGACUCUAAGAAACGUGCAAGACCUGGUAGACUACCACAACUGUCCCCUUCAGAUAUACAGUACUUAAAGCUUCUACCUUUGAGAGACAGAAGAAAAUCAAACUCCACUCUUGCUUCAGAUCUGUUUCUGUCCAUCCUUAAAAAUGGACAUCUGUUACUGAGAAAAGGAAAUAGGGAAGAAAGAACAAUUACACUGUUAAAACUAAACUUUGGUGGUUUGGAAAAAUAUCUCCUGCAGAUUUCUUUGAAAAACUAAAAGCAGGUAUCCUGAAAAGAAGGAAAGCUUUCUGCUUUUGUUCCUGAUAAUGAAAAUGGAAUAACUUGUACAUAAUGGCCUUUUGACUGGUAUUAAACGAGCGAUGACUUUUGCAAAGUAGUGUGGUUUGAUAUCAGUGACAAAUAAACAAACUAAAAGUGUUGACAUAUUUUAUCUUCAUUUUAUUAAAAAAAAAAGUAAGGAGUCCACAGUUUGCGUUUUCUUUGUACAGUAAAAAAUAAUUAAAUUAAACUCCCAAAUUUCAGAGCAAUGACAUUUCUGAGAGUGGAGCAAGGGCGGAGAGGACGGACAGAGAGAAAGAGAGAGAGAGAAGAGAGAGAGAAGAGAGCGAGAUCAGUGGCAUUCUCUCUGUUGGAUAAACUCUAAUUUCAUCUAUUCAUCUUGGCAUGAAUAGCAGCUAAACAGACAACACACAAACUUUGAUGAAGACACACCUCCACUAUCCAGCAAGUGUCAUAUGGAGUGUGCACACACCCAAACGCACCCCUACACGUCCAUAAGCAAACUCACACUCGCGGGGUAGGUUGUACAGGGUAUGUGCAUUCAGGAGGUUUGUCCCAUGCGGGCAGAAUGGCUAGGCAUUUCAAAAGUGGCACGACUUAUUAAAAAAACAAAAACAAACAAAAAAA